CAGCUGAAGACUUCCUUUCCCGUCGCGCGGAUCAAGCGCAUAAUGCAAGCCGACGAGGACAUCGGCAAAGUGGCGCAGGUGACGCCGCACGUCGUCAGCCGCGCGCUGGAACUGUUCAUGAUCAAACUCAUCUCCGCCUCCGCCGAUCAGGCGCGCGGAGCCGGCCCAGGCGGCAGCGGAGGCAGCAAAGGGCCUAAACGCAUUCUCACCCACCAUAUGAAGAGGGCUGUCAAAGCCGAUGAGACUUUUGAUUUUUUGGCGGAUAUUGUGGACAAGAUUCCU